UAAAAAAGCACAAAAACCCCCCCCCAAAAAACAAACACAACCACCCACACAUUAAGACUAGAUCUAAACUUCUUUCUCCCCAGAUGAGCGCGUGUCCGACUGGUUCCUCAUGCAGGGGUACGCCCCGACCCUGAUCAUCACAGCUCUGUACCUGCUGUUCGUGUGGGUAGUGCCAAAGAUCAUGGAGAGCCGCGAGGCCAUCAAGCUCAAGUACACGCUAGUCAUCUACAACUUCGUCUGUGUUCUCAUCAACUUACAUAUAUGCACAGAGCUAUUUAUUUCCUCAACUGCUCUAGGCUACAGUUACUCCUGCCAGCCCGUGUCCUACACGUACGACCAUUACGAGAUGAGGAUAGCCAAGGCUCUGUGGUGGUUCUACUUCUCCAAGUGCGUGGAGAUGCUGGACACGGUCUUCUUCAUCCUGCGCAAGAAGAAUAACCAAGUGAGCUUCCUGCACGUCUACCACCACGCCACCAUGUUCCCCAUCUGGUACAUCGGCGUCAAGUGGGUCGCCGGAGGACAGUCUUUCUUCGGUGCCAUGAUCAACUCGUUCAUCCACGUGAUCAUGUACACCUACUACGGAGUGGCAGCCCUCGGCCCCGAAUACCAGAAGUACCUGUGGUGGAAGCGCUAUCUCACUCGCCUGCAGCUGCUUCAAUUCUUUGUGGGACUUGUCUAUGCCAGCCAGUCAAUUUACGUAGAAUGCGAUUACCCCGUUUGGAUGGAGUGGUCUGGCAUUGUGUAUGGUUUCACCAUCAUUGCCCUCUUUGUCAACUUUUACGUGCAAGCAUACAUCAAGCCCAAAUCAUCGUCGCCGGCGGCAGCACACGGGAAACGUGAACAAGAAGAUAAGAGAACUAAAGGAGGGGCCAAUGGUUCUUCAGCGAACGGCCAUGUAAAAAAUGGGAACGUGAAAGGCUUAGACGAGAAGGAGGAAAGCAAGAAAGGAAAAUAAGGCUGUCCGCUCACCUCAUUGUGUGCAUGUGCUUGUGUUUGUGAAACAAUUUGUGUCAAAUACGAGUAGUUUUCCUCUCCCCUUAACUGAACCCUCUUCUGACGGAAAAUUGGUCGCUUUGAAGCACAAGGGGGCUAUUACGAAAAAUGCUGAUUUGAGAAAAUCAAAGGUAAAGUUUUUUGGACAUAUGAAAUCUAUCUUUAAAAGACUAGAGAGUUUUCUCUGUAACUAAACACACAAUGAAAGCAAUCUUCUCCUAUAGGUAGUGGGCACUUUUGGAGUAGGUCAAGAUUUCUGGAAACCCCCGAAAUGUGGGUUAGCCUGCUUGUCCUUAAAAGCGACCAAAUAUGCCCUUUCUUACAUUUUCAAAUUGUAAAGGAAGAACAGGUUAGACUGAAGAGGGUUGUGAAAGGGGAGAGAAACAUUUUUGGUAGAGAGAGAGAGAGGUGUCAGUGUGAAGACAAAAAUAUGGCAUUGCUCGUUCUUGAGUGCGUAUAAAAAAAUGUGCUUGUGUGUCACAUAAAUUUGAUAUAUGUGACUGAAAGCAUCCUUAGUGCAUGAUAGCUGGUGGCAGAAUGUGUCGUCAGUCGGAGGAGAUGUGUAGUCUCUUUUCACUGUGCGAUGUUACAUUUAUUUUUCAGGAAGUGGCUACAAUGUGCUUCUGUGAAGAGCAAUUUAUAAGCCUAAUGUGUAGUUAGGCUUUGCAUGAGUUUUUUGUUAAUUAUUUGUUUGAAAUUGUAAUAAUUCCACUAACUAUUUCUACGGUUUUUUUAAUAUUCAAAGCCAGCGGUGGCUUGCUUUUUGUAUCGAACAAAUGUAUUCUUCUUCAAAUGAAUGAAGAUGGAAAUAUUGUUUUUGAAAAAAACAAGAGGCAUUUUGGUGGGCAUUCUGUGGAAGCGUUUGAGUGUUUAGCGAACUGACAAUUUUGUCGCCAACACAAGAAAAUUGAGUAACUGUUUGGCCCUGCUCUAAACGGUGAAUUAAAAAAAAAAGACAUUGGAGUUGUUCAUUUUCCUUUUGACACACGCCUAAUUUAUUCAGAUGAUGAUAUACACAGACAGACGAGGACACAUAUUUUUUCUUUAAUAUAUGUACUACAGAACAUAGUCUCGUCCUACAAUGGGUUUUGUUCUGAUUUCUUCACAGCUGCUUGGAAAGAUCAGGUGUAGACUAUUGUCCGUCACCUCACUUUUUAAUUUUUUAAAAUAUUUUUUUCGUCUCAUCUUUUUUACUCUUCAAUUCAAGAUAGAACUGCAAUAAUUAUUUGACCCUUUAUAGAUAUGCUAUGGUGAAUGCUCUGCGACUUGUACCAAAUGUAUGAAAUAUUUGUGCUGGGUGUGGAUUGUAUUUUAAUCUGUUAUUAUGCAGUAGGCUACUGGAUCGAUAACAACAACAUGCAGUAGGCUAAGAGCUUUACCAGCCUCCCAAUCUUAUGUGAUGCUCAAAGCAAUGGAUUGUUUCGGGGUUUUAUUCUUCUGCAAUACCUCUUUGCACCGUUGUGUCCAUUUUCUUGUUUCUUCUCUGCGUCUCUGUGUAUGUAAUGUAUCAAAGCAUCCUGUCAGGAUCACCAUUCUUUGCUCUCAAACUCUAAGGCACUCGCUCUGUGUGUGUGUGUAAGCAUGUUUGUCUGAAACGGUUUAUGCUUCUAUCAAAACAAUUUGGGAGGCAGCGUGGUGAAAUCAGGCGCUUGUCAAUGUAAUGAAAUGGAAGAAAACGGCAAUUUUUUGGCCGUUGGGCAAUUAAAAAAAAAAUUUUGGGGGGGAGCUCAACUCCUGUUAUGUCCAUUUAAAAACACAUUUCUGUGUGGAUUUUAUGGAAAAAUGCUGAUCAAAGGCACAAAAAAUGCAAAUUUCUAGUCUCCAAGGACACUCGAGCUUUGGAGGUGUCUAAACUUUGGCCGCCAUUUUCUCGCUAAUUUUACCUCUGACACCAGGCAACCCCUACCUCUUUCAAUGGCAAAUAUCUCGACUUCUAUUCCAGAUAGAUGGGUAUUUUUUUCACCAAAUGCUAGACAAAUGAAUGAGCUUUAAGAUGAUACAAAUAACUCCAUAUGCCCCAAAAUUGACGAGUGCCUGAUUCCUUCUAUCUUAUCGUAACAUUUGAUUUCAGCCCAGUGUCUUGUCAAGGGACCAAGAGCACCAAGUGUGAAGUGACCUUUUCUCUGUGUAGACGUACAUACGUAGUAGUUGGGUGUUUCUUUAAGUAAAAAAAAAAAAAA